ACUCGCCCGCGGACGGCCGCCCGGACACACGUACCGUACACACGAGCGGGCGGCGGGGCCGAGACACAGCCGCCCGCGCGGCCCCGGCCCCCGCCGCUGCCCCGCGGCCCCGCCCGCCGCCCGCCGCCCGCCGCUCCGGCCGCCGCGAGCAUGCACCCGACGAGCUAGGAGGAAGCGGAGCCGCGAGGAAGCGCCGAGCGCCGGCCGCCCGCCCGCCGGCCCCUCCCCUGCCGGGCGCCCCCCAGCCCCACGCCCCCCCACCCUCCUGGGCGGGGGGGGGCGUGCGGGCCGCCGCUCGGGGGCCCCGCCGCCCCGGCAGCCCGGGACAGCCCCCUUUCCCCGCCCCCGGCCCCCGCCCCGGCCCGGCCGGCCAUGGAUCUGACCAGCAGCUCGGGCGGCGGCGGCGACCCCCGGCAGAUCGAGGAGACCAAGCCGCUGCUGGGGGGCGACGCGCCGGCCCCCGAGGGCACGAAGAUGGGCGCCGUGCCCUGCCGCCGGGCCCUUCUGCUGUGCAACGGCAUGAGGUACAAACUGCUGCAGGAGGGCGACAUCCAGGUCUGUGUCAUCCGGCACCCGCGGACCUUUCUCAGCAAGAUCCUCACCUCGAAAUUCCUGAGGCGCUGGGAGCCGCACCACCUAACGCUGGCCGACAACAGCCUGGCGUCCGCCACGCGGCUGCACUAUUUUACAUUCCCACCCGCUGCUGGCCGAGGCCGGGCACGCUUCUCAGCACUGUGCGGUGCCCAGGACAGGACCACGAAUGAAGGAUCCGGCCCCACACGUCCGCAGGGCCACAGCGGAGAAACCCUGCGUCCAACUGGGUACAUGGAAAACUCAGUCUCCUACAGCGCUAUUGAGGACGUUCAGCUGCUGUCCUGGGAGAACGCCCCGAAGUACUGUUUACAGCUCACAAUUCCUGGGGGAACGGUCUUACUGCAGGCUGCCAACAGCUACCUUCGAGACCAGUGGUUCCAUUCUCUGCAGUGGAAGAAAAAGAUUUACAAAUAUAAGAAAGUCCUGAGUAACCCAAGCCGUUGGGAAGUUGUGUUGAAGGAGAUCCGAACUCUGGUGGACAUGGCCCUGACAUCCCCCCUGCAGGAUGACUCCAUCAACCAAGCCCCACUGGAAAUUGUCUCAAAACUGCUCUCAGAGAACACAAACUUGACUACCCAGGAGCAUGAGAACAUCAUUGUGGCAAUUGCUCCUUUGCUGGAAAACAACCAUCCACCACCAGAUCUCUGUGAAUUCUUUUGCAAGCACUGCAGAGAGCGGCCCCGGUCCAUGGUGGUCAUCGAAGUGUUCACUCCCGUGGUCCAGAGAAUCCUCAAGCAUAACAUGGACUUUGGGAAGUGCCCACGACUGAGGCUGUUUACUCAGGAGUACAUCCUCGCCUUGAACGAGCUCAACGCGGGGAUGGAGGUGGUAAAGAAGUUCAUUCAAAGCAUGCACGGCCCCACGGGGCACUGCCCCCACCCCCGGGUCCUGCCCAACCUGGUGGCCGUGUGCCUGGCUGCCAUCUACUCCUGCUAUGAAGAGUUCAUCAACAGCCGCGACAACUCCCCCAGCCUGAAGGAGAUCCGGAACGGCUGCCAGCAGCCCUGCGACCGGAAGCCCACCUUACCUCUGCGCCUUCUGCACCCCAGCCCGGACCUGGUGUCUCAGGAAGCCACGCUGUCCGAGGCGCGGCUCAAGUCGGUGGUCGUGGCCUCCAGCGAGAUCCACGUGGAGGUGGAGCAUACCAGCACUGCCAAGCCGGCGCUCACGGCCAGCGCGGGCAACGACAGCGAGCCCAACCUCAUCGACUGCCUCAUGGUCAGCCCUGCCUGCAGCACCAUGAGCAUCGAGCUGGGCCCCCAGGCCGACCGCACCCUCGGCUGCUACGUGGAAAUCCUCAAGCUGCUGUCCGACUACGAUGACUGGAGACCGUCCCUGGCCAGCUUGCUUCAACCCAUUCCAUUCCCCAAAGAAGCUCUCGCACAUGAGAAGUUCACCAAGGAACUGAAGUAUGUGAUUCAGAGGUUCGCCGAAGACCCACGACAAGAGGUGCAUUCGUGCCUGCUGAGCGUGCGGGCGGGCAAAGACGGCUGGUUCCAGCUCUACAGCCCCGGAGGGGUGGCCUGUGACGACGACGGCGAGCUGUUCGCCAGCAUGGUGCACAUCCUCAUGGGCUCCUGUUACAAGACCAAAAAAUUCCUGCUCUCCCUGGCGGAAAACAAGCUGGGCCCCUGCAUGCUCCUGGCGCUGAGGGGGAACCAGACCAUGGUGGAGAUCCUGUGCCUGAUGCUGGAAUACAACAUUAUCGACAACAACGACACCCAGCUGCAGAUCAUCUCAACCCUGGAGAGCACGGGCGUGGGCAAGCGCAUGUACGAGCAGCUGUGUGACCGGCAGCGGGAGCUCAAAGAGCUGCAAAGGAAAGGCGGGCCCACUAGGCUAACACUGCCCUCCAAGUCCACACCCGUCUGUUUGCAGGAUGCCGACUUGGCUCGUUUGCUGAGCUCCGGCUCUUUCGGGAACCUGGAGAACCUCAGUCUGGCCUUCACCAACGUAACCAGUGCCUGCGCUGAGCACCUCAUCAAACUGCCUUCUCUCAAGCAGCUCAACCUGUGGUCCACUCAGUUUGGAGACGCCGGCCUGCGGCUCCUGUCCGAACACCUCACCAUGCUCCAGGUGCUGAACCUGUGCGAGACGCCCGUCACCGACGCCGGCCUGCUGGCCCUCAGCUCCAUGAAGAGUCUCUGCAGCUUAAACAUGAACAGCACCAAGCUCUCGGCUGACACCUAUGAAGAUCUGAAGGCCAAGCUCCCCAAUCUGAAGGAGGUGGACGUCCGCUACACGGAAGCCUGGUGAACCUCCCGGCUCGGCAGGAAGGCGUUUGCAGCUGCGACACACAACUCUUGACUAAUAGCCGUAGAGCGCCGGGCCUGGGGUCCCACCCCCAGCGUCCCGGCUGUGAGAUAGAUGGGGGAGUCUUUCUGGGGGCAGAGGGCGGAGGGGGGAGGGGGUGGGGAGGGGGGGCCGUAAGCACGCCCAGCCCCACCUAAUUCUUUUAGCUUCAUAAUUGGAAACCUUGACCUGAUCUAAAAUGGACUUUGUAGCAACCAGAGGAGCAUCAGCGGGUCGGGGUUGGGGGGGGGUUGGGGGGGGGGGUUGGGGAGGGGGACCCUUUGUGGAUUUUCUUUGCCUUUGUGUUUAAUGCUGUGUGGGAAAAGUCAACCCCGACGCCACCGUCACACGACCCCGAUGGGCCUCGAGGGCCGAGGAAGGAUGCUUUCUUCCUCAAGAGGCUCGACCGAGAACUCGCCCCCCCCGCCAUUGGGACAAGAAAACCCAGACAUGUCAUCGCACCGUCCUGUGUCCUCGCCAUUGCUAUGCAAAGUGAUUCUUGUUGUACAUAAGAUUUAAAUAAUGCGCCUAUUUAAGAAAUGUUGACAAAUUGCGGGUCUGGGACCUGCCUCUUAUUUAUGAAGUCUUUGACCCUCCCUCCCUCCCACCCUCCCACCCUCCCACCCCGCCCGCCCCUGGCUUGUAGUACUGUACAAACCAGUCAGCUGUUGGGGUAGUGGUAGUAUUAUUGUUAUUUUUUUAAAGGAAACCGACAAAAAAAAAAAAAAAACCUCCUUGGAAAAUUAAUUGCUUUUUCGUAAUGGAUUCUGUAUGCUACGGCUCGGCCGUCCGUCUGCCCGCCCGCCCCCACUGUGCAUUUCCAAGUCCCAGCUGUCUCCAACUUGCUCACGGGUGGGGGUCUGGCCGGGGGGCGGGUGGUGGGAAGUGGGGUCCCCACAUUGUAGUCUCGCUCCCGCCAGGCCCCGGCUUUCUCUCAGCCCCCUUUUACACGUGUGGGGGGUGCUGACCUGUGCUCCCUGCCCCCUGCCCCGGAGAGCUCCCAUCUCUGGUGGCCUCUGCCAUCCCUGUCCCUGCCAAGACUGUGGCCCGCGGCCUCCCCACCGUCCUGUGCUUCGUGUGGUCUCCUCAUGCAUGCCCGCUUCUUUGCAUGGUCUCUUGGGAGAAGAGAGAGACGUUGCCUCCACCAGCCUGACUGCCCAGCCCGCCCCCCAUGAAUGUGGCCGUUGCAACAGAUGCCCCUUCUGUCCCCACCCCGGGCCCGAGGACAAACCAACCUCCGUUUCUUUUGUAAACAGUCGGCUUUUUCUUAACAAGCCCUCACUGUACAGAACAGCCCUUUUAUGGUUUACUUGGGGUCCCCUCUCCCCCCAAGCCCCCUUUUCUGUUGGUUUAGCACAAAUACCGCCCCCUCCAGCACCUCCAGACCUAACCCCCAGUCAAUGUAAUUGUUUUAUAUAUAUUUAAUCUUAUUCAAUGGAAACCAUGCUUUUGUCGUUUUAUACUUUGCUAGGUAGACUUUAUUACCCCCCGACUAUGCCCUCAUUUUUUUAAAAAAGGAAAAAAAAAAAGAAAUUGGGUUUCAGUCUUAAUUCAUUUUACGUGCCAGGUUUUAUUUUGUGUGUGCGUGUGAGUGUGUUCUGUUUCGUGUUGUUUUGUUUUUGUUUUUUUUCUGUUGUUGUUGUUUUCUGUUGUUCGGUUUUAUUCUCUCCCCUCCGGUCCCAUACUUUACAGCACUCUGGUGCAGGAAGAAGCAGAAGCAAAAAAAAAAAAGACAAAAAAAAAAAAACUUCAAAAAACUUUAAAAAAGGAAAAAAAAAAGAACCGAGACAUGCCACCUUUUCCCUUCGCACUGUUGCUUUUCCUGAUGGUUAAUACUACUGUCACGUAGCUGUGUUCAGAGAUGUGAAAUACUUUCAGGCAAAAAUAAACUGUAAGUGACUCAUUGA